UAAAAAUUUUAAAUAAUAAUAAAUAAUAAAUUAAGCACAAAAAAAAAACAAUUCGUGUGUUUUUGUUUUCAAUAGUGUGAAUAGUGAAUUGCAGAUGGGCAGAUCCUUUACACGUAGCUGUGGAAUUUUUUGUGGCGUAAUGUUCAAGAACGCAAAAUUGUUGCUGGCAAAUAGGCAACUUAUCGGUUGCACCUACACACAAUUCACAGCUGCCGGCAGAAACGUGAACUGUCCUCAACGAGACUUCUUCACUUUUAGUGAUCUUACAAACAAGAAUCGGGAAUAUGCCAAAAAGGAGUUAAUUGGAUACUCGAUGCAAGAAAUGUAUGAUGUGGUCGCCGACGUAUCGAACUAUUAUAAGUUUGUGCCAUACGUGAAAAAAUCACACGUACACAGUAAGCGCAAUGACGGCUUCAAGGCUGACCUAAUUGUCGGUUUCCCACCGCUGAUUGAAAGUUAUACAUCAAACGUUUCGCUUCAAAAUCCUGUGCUGGUAAAAUCUGUAUGCACCGAUGGAAGAUUAUUCAAUUAUUUGCUUAACAAUUGGCGAUUUAGUCCCGGUCUGAAGGACAUUCCACAAUCUUGUGUUGUGGAUUUCAAAGUAGCUUUCGAAUUCAAAUCGCUGAUACACAGCAAUAUUGCAAAUAUUUUUUUCGAUUUAAUUUGCGAUCAAAUGGAGCAUGCUUUUGUGGCGGAAGCUGAACGACGACACGGACCACCUUCAAUUAAAUCGCUUAUAUUAUGGCGAAGAUCUAUUAAACUAUUAAAGCUAUGAACGUGCAAUACUUAACUACCGUUAUUGCGAUUUGAAAGACAGUUGGUUGUUCUAAUGAAACACAUUCAGACAGAACUUUUUCAUUCAGUAUCGAAGUUUAUUUUCUUAGUCGAUAUGGGUCUUGCUGGACGAGU